AUGUUUUUCAUUUAUUUAGAACGAUUUCAUGAACUUGAUAAACGUUGUCGAGAUUUUGAAAAUGCAAAUAAUGAAUUAAAACAAUUAAAUAUUCAACUUGAAAAAGAUUUAUUAUGUGUUGGUGGUGUUACUGAAUUAUUUCGACGAGGACCUGAAGGACAAACAAGUGAUAGUAAUUCAAAUGA